UGUGUGACGUCACUGCCAUAAGUGCCCUGACAGAAUGAAUGUAUGCACCAGGAGGAGCGAGGAUGUGUGAAUAGUUUGUUAUUGAAUCUAAUGUUUCGUGAUGUCUGUGUGUCCUACACCGUUAUGAAGGACAUGUGAAGGGAUCCUUGCUGAAGACUCAGACCAUGAAUUACGUGGGGCAGUUGGCAGGACAGGUGUUUGUGCAGGUUAAGGAACUCUACAGAGGUCUGAAUCCUGCCACGCUGUCCGGCUGCAUCGAUGUCAUUGUCGUACAGCAGCCCGACGGAUCUCUGAUCUGCUCCCCCUUUCACGUACGGUUCGGAAAGAUGGGCGUCCUGCGAUCACGAGAGAAAGUGGUGGAUAUAGAGAUUAAUGGGGAACCUGUGAAUUUGCAUAUGAAAUUGGGAGAGAACGGAGAAGCAUUUUUUGUCAAGGAGACAGUAGAUGAUCAGGAAGUGAUUCCCUCUCACCUGAUUACAUCUCCCAUCCCAUCUGAUGAUGGGGUUCUGAUGGGCUGCUGUGCUGAGAAUGAGGUGAUGAAGAAGAGGAGGAAGAGGAGAAGAAAGUUUCGAGUGGAGGGCAUGAGGAGAGAGGAGAGCCUGGAGUUUUCAGAUAUCGAGCUGGUCAACAUGGCCAGCAUCAACAUUAAUGAGAGUGAACAGCUUGAUGAGAACAGCAGCGAGUUUGAAAAUGAAAGUUUAUUCACUGAAACCAAAGAAAAGAAAAACACAGAUCAUGCUCUUUCGGAUGGGGAAUUGAGUCACAGUCCUAAUGUAUUUCGUCCCGACACUCCUAAGAGUGACUCUGAACUGCUUUGUAAGGGACAGGAAGAGGAUUCGGCCAUGUUGUGGACCUGGGGUGAACUUCCUCAAGCAGCCAAGUCAUCGUUUCUGUCGGCGAAGCCAAACCUCUUGCCGGCACAUCCGCUGUCAAUCCCCAUCUCAGACGACACACAUUUCAGAGUCAUUUCUGAGAACGCUGCCCAUGAUGAUGACAUCAGAGCUCCUGCUGACAGCCAAUCAGCUCAAGCGAACGAAUUUGAAAAGCAGGAAGUAACAUUAGCAGCAUGCGUGAUGUCAGAGGUCGAGGAGAGCGGAGCAAAUAUUGGACGCCACCCACAUAUCAAAACGGAUUCCCCUUCUAAAAGAAAAGAUGAGAGAAGUCGCCACCUGGGCGCCGAUGGCGUGUAUUUGGAUGAUAUUACACAGUUAGAGCCGGAAGCCGCUGCACUUUAUUUUCCUAAACGGAGUGGAUCAGAGCGUUCAUGCGGUGAUAGUAGUUCUUCUCACAGUGUUACCGUAUCUCAGUCCGCGUGUAGUUCAGGAGCAGACAGCGGUGUGGAUAGUUACGACCUGCCCUCUAUCGCCAUCUCUCUGUGUGGAGGACUCACAGAAAAUAGAGAAAUCACUAAAGAGCACUUCCAGCAGAGGUCUGUCUCUUAUCAGCAGUUUACUGAGAAUCCAUCCAUCAUCGAUCACCCAAACCUGGUGGUGAAGAUCGACUCUAAGUAUUACAACUGGAGCACAGCCGCUCCUAUUAUACUGGCAAUGCAAGCCUUCCAGAAACCAUUGCCUAAGGCCGCCGUCGAAAGAGUUGUAAAGGAGAAGAUGCCCAGAAACAGAGGAAGAUGGUGGUUUUCAUGGAGAGGAAGAGCAAACAGCACAAAAUCAGAUUCAGUUUCAGUUGGUUUAGCGUCUACCGCAGGAGACGACAAGAACAGGCGGACAGAAGAUUCCUCCUCCAGUGAUGAUGAUCACUUAUCUGCCAAUCAAACCACCAAACCUGUCCACACAGACCCCAACCUCCCCACAGGGGGCGUGGCCUAUAAGAAGACCCUCCGCCUGACCUCUGAACAGCUUGCUAACCUGCAGUUAAAAGUAGGUCCAAAUGAUGUGAUAUUUAGUGUGACAACUCAGUAUCAGGGAACGUGUCGCUGUGAGGGAACCAUAUACUUGUGGAAGUGGAGUGAUAAAAUCAUCAUAUCAGAUAUAGACGGUACAAUCACCAGGUCGGACAAGCUGGGACACAUUUUGCCCACGCUGGGUAAAGACUGGACCCAUCAGGGUAUCGCACGUCUCUAUCAUAACGUCAGCCAGAACGGUUAUAAGUUUCUGUACUGCUCGGCGAGGGCGAUUGGAAUGGCUAAUAUGACGCGUGGUUACCUGCACUGGGUCAAUGAGAGAGGAACCAUGUUACCAGAGGGACCUGUUUUACUGAGUCCAAGCAGUCUGUUCUCGGCACUGCACAGGGAGGUGAUCGAAAAGAGGCCAGAGAAGUUCAAAGUGGCGUGUUUAACAGACAUAAAAAAUCUGUUUUACCCAAACACUGAGCCAUUUUACGCUGCAUUUGGGAACAGAGAUACGGAUGUGUUUUCUUAUAAAGAGGUUGGCGUUCCUUUAAACAGAAUUUUUACCGUCAAUCCUAAAGGAGAACUGAUCCAGGAACACGCCAAGACCAACAUCUCAUCGUACGUGCGUCUGGGUGAAGUGGUGGAUCACGUCUUUCCGCUCCUGAAGCGCAGAAGUUCCUGCGAUUUCCCCUGCAGUGACUCUUUCAGCCAAUUCACCUACUGGAGAGAACAGCUCCCCCUAGUGGACGGGCAGAUAGAGAGCACUGAUGACACCGCUGAAUGAUUAGAACACACACAAUGUAGACAAUAAAACAAAUGUGCAGACUGUGCACAACAAAUGUGUUAAAAAUGUAUGAACUGUGGAGCAUAGCUGCACUUUAUUUCAAAGAUAUCUUCGCAUUUUACUAGUGAUAUGUAGAAUAUUGUAUAUAGUGAGUUUAAAAAGUGAAUAUUUAUGAGGUGAUUUUGAUAAACCUAUAGCAUUUAUUAUACUAAAAGUCAGAAAAAAGGUACAAAUGUUGUCACUGGUGUGGUAUACUUUUGUACCUAAAUGGUACAGUACAUAUUAGGACCUUUUCAGAAGGUACACGGGACCGUACGGUAUGUGAAAGCGUUUGUACCUUUAUUACUGAUGGUGUAGAAAGAUUAUCUGAAUGCAUGCUUAAAGAUAUCAUGAGUGUCAUCAACUGUUAAGGGGGUCGCAGACCGGCCGCGCAUCUCAGCGUCGCGCCGUGUUGAGUCGCGUCUAGGACAACUCGGAGGUAUUGUAAACCGAAAGUGCACAUUAAAUAGCGCGAGCUACGUCAGAUAGCGUCUACUUCAAAAUGUAAAACAUACGUUAGCAGCCAAUGUUGGGACAAAUAUGAUGUUAUUUAAUGUUAAACUAUGUGUGUGGCGCGACAGGGAUUUGAGCAACUUCCUGAGUCGUAGCUGGGCGCCGCGGACGGGCGCCGGUGUGCGUAUACUCAUAGAAAGCAAUGAGUUUUUUAGAACGGCGCGGCGCUGAGCUGCGUGUCCUGUGUGCAACCCCCUUUAGACUGAAAGAUAAUGAACAAUCUUACAUUCGUUACAAUCAAAAUGAAUGAUGUUACAUUUCAGUGAAUCUCACAAACAAUUGAUAUUGUGCAUAUGAAAUGGGUGCUAAAAGUAGGUUUUAUUUUCUUUAUGCAAAAUAUGAUUCAUGUUAUGUUGCUUUAGUUACUUGGAUUUGAUUUGUACUCUUAAACAACUCGGAGUACUCAAAUCUAAUUCUGUCUAUUAAUAUUAAGUCUUCAGCAGUCAUACAGAGGAUUUCACAUUUGCUGGCACAGAUAGUGUAACAUUUCUACCUUCAUGUAGUUUUCAAACUGUUUAGUUACUGAGUAAAUAUUAGUAUAUGUACUAUCUUCAUAUGAUCAAACAUUUUUUUAUAUGCUUACAUCUAUUGUGAAAAAAAGUCAGAGGGUUUUGUGAUAUUCUUUCAGUGAAAGAGAAGAACUACAGCAGUCGUGAGAUGAGUAAAUGUGAUGCUCAGGUCAGGAAAAUGUGUUUUGCUGGUCAAUAAAGUUGUAUGUCUUAAGUUUGA